AUGUCAUACACAGCUGUACCAGACCAACCACCAAGCUAUCCACCGGGAGAGGAACAGAGUGGAGAUAGACAAUUUGGCGACAAUGUCCCUGAUGACUUCAAGUACUCAGUCGAUGUUGCAUCAUGUGAACUCCCUGUACGUCAAUUAUUCAUUCGAAAAGUAUAUCUGUUGUUAACAAUACAAUUGAUGGCUUCAGUUCUUGUCGGAUACGUUGUUAGGUCAUCAGACCUGAUCUUGGCUUGGACGUUGAACCAUCCAUGGAUCCUUAUCUUCAACUUGUUUGCGUCAAUUGGAUUCAUGGUUGGGGCUUUCUUCAAAGCCAGAUCUUACCCUAUUAACUUGGCGCUACUUGGUGGUUUUACAGUAUUUGAAAGUUUUACCUUGGGAAUGGCUUGUGCAUUUGUUGAAAGUACCGUUAUCAUUGAGGCCAUCUUGUUGACAUUGAUUAUAUUUAUUGGCUUGACGCUUUUUGCUUUCCAAACCAAAUACGAUUUUAUUAGUUGGCAAGGCACUUUGGGAAUGAUCUUGUGGGGCUUGAUUGGAUGGGGAUUCAUUAUGAUUUUCUUCCCAGGAAACAAGGGGAUUGAAAAUGUCUACUCGUUCAUCGGGGCCAUUUGA